GGCACACUAGGGCUCUGAGAUGACGGCGGGUUGCUCUGUGCGAUGUGACAGAGACUACAUUUCCCAGUGUCCCAGGGGCUCGCUGGGGGGGAACCACAGAUCCCAGCACGCAAGAGAGGCCCAGGGACUACAAAUCCCAGAAUUCCCUGCACCCCAUUCCUCUGGAACUUAGACUCCAGUGUGCCGCGCACUGUGCGCAAAUUUCUAAACUCUCCUUCAGGUCUGGUGGUUUCUGAAUCCGGAGACUUGAAACUAUGUGGGAAGACCCUCCUCACCCUCAGAAGAAGAAGAUGACAGCCCACAGAGAGGUAACUUCUGUUUACAUGGAAUUCAGAAAUUUCCUGCAGAUCAUGAUCUCAACAUUGGAGAAUGGCAGGUGAACAGAAACCUUCAAGUAACCUCCUGGAACAGUUUAUUUUGCUAGCCAAAGGUACUAGUGGCUCAGCUCUCACUACUCUUAUAAGCCAAGUCUUGGAGGCUCCUGGAGUGUAUGUCUUUGGAGAACUGCUGGAGUUGGCCAAUGUGCAGGAGCUUGCCAAAGGAGCUAAUGCUGCUUAUUUGCGGUUACUGAACCUGUUUGCCUAUGGAACAUACCCAGAAUACAUAGCCAACAAGGAGAGCCUGCCAGAACUGAGCACAGUCCAGCAGAACAAGCUGAAGCACCUUACCAUCGUGAGCUUGGCGUCCAGAAUGAAGUGUAUCCCCUACUCCGUGCUGCUGAAGGACUUGGAAAUGCGGAAUCUCCGGGAAUUGGAAGACCUCAUCAUCGAGGCUGUCUACACUGACAUCAUCCAGGGCAAGCUGGACCAGCGCAACCAGCUUCUGGAAGUGGAUUUCUGCAUUGGCCGUGACAUCCGAAAGAAGGAUAUCAAUAAUAUUGUCAAGACCUUGCACGAAUGGUGUGAUGGCUGCGAAGCAGUUCUGCUAGGCAUCGAGCAGCAAGUUCUGCGAGCCAACCAGUACAAGGAGAACCACAGCCGAACUCAGCAGCAGGUAGAGGCAGAGGUUACCAACAUCAAGAAGACACUCAAAGCCACCGCGUCCUCCUCAGCUCAGGAAAUGGAGCAACAGUUAGCUGAACGGGAGUGUCCCCCUCAUGCUGAGCAGAGGCAGCCCACCAAGAAGAUGUCCAAAGUGAAAGGUCUGGUCUCCAGCCGCCACUAGGGCUGGCUGGGGCAGCUGGCACUCACCAGGCCUGCCUGGGUCAGGUGGGGAGGCGACACCAAGGGCCUGUUUCCUCCCCUCUCCACCUUCAGUGAGUUCCAGACCUGCCCACCCCCUCACCAGCGCCUCCACCCUGCUGGUACUGUUCCAGAAGAACCGUUAACUCUUUGGCCUCACCCACUCCCUCCUUCUCCAGUUGUUCCUUCAGACUCAGGGGCUCCACUGAUGCCAUCCCAGCAGGGUCAGACACUGCCCAGCUUCCCUCCAGGAGGUUCUUGUCUCUGUUUAAGGGCUUGUGUCCCUCCCAGUUUUUCUUUUGCUCCCUGUCAUUUUGUCAGGCUGGUCAUAAGCUGGAGGCAGCUUUACCUGGCCUGCAGGGAUGACUGCGAAGGAAGCUCCUCUCUGAGUGAGGGUGGGGAGCAUGCCUUCUCCAGCCCUAGGUUCUGCAGUACCCACAGUGGUAUGGGCACUCUCUAGCCAGGUAUCAGAAUGCUUCAUUUUCCCUCCCCUGCCUUACCCCUGUUGGCAGCUCUGAUCAGAGCAUGGAGGGAUGUGAUGCUGGGCUAUGUUUACUAAACCUGCGGGUUUUCAGCCUCUUAUGCCCAGCUCCCGUCUCUCAUUAGUUGGGAGUGCUGGGUUGACUGGCCUCCGGUACCUGAGCACCAGUGGGGGGCGCUGUGGGUCUGCUGGGUGGCAGAAGUUUCUUCCGGCUUGGUGUUCUUGUUGGCCGCGCUUCGUGCUGCCUCUGACCGCUCAGGCGGGUGUGCGGUGUGAAGGCCCCAGCUGCCCACUGGGGCUGUCCGCCAACACCUGCUCCCCCAGGAUCUUUAAUUCCUCCCGGCUGCCUCCACAGUGGGGAUGGUGGUGCUGAAGCGGCUCUGUCUGGAAAGGACCUGUUGCUGCCUCUAUGUCUCUCUUUCCACCCCUCCUUGGCUGAUGACCCAGAGCCGUCUGAUGAUGGCGUUCUCCCGGGAAGAGAAAAGGACCUGACUAGCCUUCCCGAAUUUGAACAGUUUCAGGUUAUAUUUUAAUUUUUUUUUUGUACAGGUUCUGAUUCUAAUACAUUUCAACGUGCUUUUUCCCCCCUCGUGUUGAUAUUUGUUACAGAAAAAUCACCGGGGAGUUUUCACCUGGUUGAAGGGUGGCAUGUGUGUAUGUGUGCGUGUGGUGGUGGUGUUUUCUUAAAGGGGAGGUGGAGGUCCUGGACUGACACUAGAAAGUUCAUUGAGAGACAAAGCACACUUUACAACAAAAAAUAAAAGCAUAGAGUUAAUGUAUGUGACUGGAGUGCGGGCUUGCAUAGCUGCUGGAUCUUUAGGGGUUGGUAUUUGGGUGAUUCAGAGAAAAUGUGAAGCUGUUUCAGUACUAUGGUUACAAAAUAGAUUUCUUCUUUUUCCAAAAUGUCCAGCAGCUGCCUGCCAUUGAUUAAACAUCAACAAAGUAUUCUCAUUGCCCUUUUCCACUGGUCCAUAUGCCCACAUAACACUAUGCCCAACUGUAGAGAUUAAUUCCCAAAGUAUGUUUCAUGAGACCUCUUGACAGAUGCUCUGUGGAAAAGGGGUUCUGUUGUUAAAUAAAUUUGGCGCACCCUGCA